CACGAAAGAAAUUGAAGUUUUCUAAUUGAAGAUUACUUCUAGUUUGAUAAACAAGAAGAUGGCGUCUGCUCUCGAGGAGGACAGUGAUCGCGAGACGAGUAAGAGACGACGUCUUCUCCCUCCCGAAGAGGAAAGUGCCAAAAUCGCAAUUCCAGUUGAGUCUAAAAGCACUCUUGCAGUACCGGAAGAGGAGCGAUCAAUGGAGGCAAAGAAGUUCAACGAAUCAGGAGUAGAUCCAACGAGAACGCAUGAUCAUGAUGAAAGUACAACGACCACGACGCACAAGAAAGAUGAUGCACUGUUGUCUUCAGUUCUCGAUGGUGACGAUCGAAGUGAUAGAGAAGGGAAGGAUACAAACGACCUGCGCGUUGUCAAUCUUGCAGGAGAAUUGGUGGUCAUAGUUCCUCGGUGUUGCAAUACGGAUCUGGCUGAUGAGGACGGCAAGGAUGAAAACGAAACUCCAAAUAAAGAUCGUCAUCUCGUCACACUCAAGCGAGUGAAGCAAUACGUAACGGAAGCCACCGGGCAGCCAUUGGGUCAGAAAUUCUUGAUUGAAGGAGUAGCUGGUUUUGGUGAGAUUGGGAAAGAUCGUGCCGAAGCCGAUGCGAGCCUUUCCGAAGGUGAGCAUGAAGAGCCAGCUACUACAACUACCUUUGCUGAUGACGAUUUUGUUGUACCUGACAAUAUCGAUGAAAUUCAAGUAGUGUUUGAUCCGCGAGCAGAGCAAUUUCUUGCGUGGGCUUUAUCUCAACGCGAAAUCUGCGUUCGCAGACGUAGACAGCAAUUACUCGAGAUCAGAAGGGGCAUGUCGCACUCGCAACACGGAGAACUGCCCGAAGGAGAACGAGUAGAGGAGGAAAAUGGGCCUGACGAGUAUACGAAGAUCACUGCCGACUUGUUUUAA